CAUGGCGAACAUAUUGAUUUGUAGGUCCGUCCGCUUUCCUUUCUCAAUUUCUUCUCUCUCUUCAGUUUCUCUCUCCUUCUGCUUCUUCAUUCUCUCUAGGUGUAUGGCUAACCCUGAGGUUCACUGCUGGUUUUCUCAGGUGGAACUGAAAUUAAUGGCGUCGUAGAAGAUAUGAAAAAGUUGACAACUACGUGUUUCUGAUGACGGAUGAAGGACUGCAGAAUUUGUUCAGUGUACUUGGUGUUGGAGGCAUUAGAUGAAUUUCGAUCGAGACGUUUGAGAUUGCAUGUCAGAUGAAAUCACUGAAGCUCUUGCUAUAUGAAGAUUGCUUGGACACCGUUACAUCUUGAUUGAGAACACGCGAAAUCAGAAUGGUUCCGUGGUCGUGGGACUGUUGAAUUAGUGUGCUGAGUUCAUAAUUUGACAGGUAUGAUAUUGUUGAAGGAGAGUACUCUCUACUGAAUGGUGUAUCAAAACCCCACCGAGAAACCAUUAGAGCCUUUUUGCUUAUUUCCAAAAUCAGAUCCUCCGGCGGGCAAGGGGAAUAAUUUUGUUUCAGCAAUAGAAGGUUCCCAAAUAUUCAUCCAGUCUUUAGAUGCUGCAGUACUCUUGUUUUCACGUGUUGCAAAUAUUCCGACAGAAAGUCUCGUUCUCCCUGUGAUAUCCACAAAUGACAGACUUACGUUGGGAUGUGAAUUAUGGGAUGGAACCACAAUACAUGGGCAACAACAAAUAUUGCAUCUAUUGGAUCUAUUCAACCUGUUGAUAAGAAAGGCUCCUCUAUUCCAGCAUUGGCUUCAAGAACAAAGGCUCCUCUACAUGUCAAGUGAGGGAAGAAACUUGUUACACGAGGUUUUCCCACAGUAAAUCCUAGUUCUCUGGAGCAGUUGAGUAAAGCGGUCUGCCUUGUUUAUGCAAUGGGAUCCCUUUUUACUUUAGUUUGCCCCUCAUUGGUAUUGCUUGGCUCUGGGGAGGUCAUUUUCUCAAGGUCUUGUCCCAACUCCUAAGGUGUUUUUGUUGAAUGGUUCACAUGACCGAGAAACUAGUGGUUUAUCUACCUCUGGCUUCAUUACUGGCAUUGCAGAUGCUUUAAAUCGAACUUAUAGAGAUCCUCAAAAUUGUAUGAAGAACCCUCAAGUCAGUAUGUUGUGGUCCUGUUGGUUCCCAAGGAUGGUCAAAUUCCAGUAGAUGUUCAGAGUUUGUCUAAGCAAGGAAUCUUUCAGAGUACAACAAUGUGGUCGUGCCGGAGUGGUUAUCGGGCAUGACUAGAAAUCAUGUGGGCUUUGCUCGCGCAGGGACUGUUACAUUAGAAGGCAAACAUGCAUAAGGUACUGCAGAUGUUACAAUACAGUAACUUGUGUGGGAUCUCUGCAACAUUGCUUGGCAAAUAUUUUCCUCAAAGAUUGGAUUUCGAGUUCUACAGGCUUAGGAGGUCCAUGAGAGCUUUCCAAUGCCAAUCACCUUGUCUUCACCUGAUUCUGAUCCCGCAGCUGCAGAUCAGUACUCUUGUCUUCCCAAAAGGAAACCCAUUACCUAGUGUUAAGGACCAGUUAGCCCAAUCCUAUAAAUAGGACCUGCAGUAUUACGGACCAGUCUAAUUUCAGCUCUUUAAAGUACCGCUUCCCUCCACCCAAAAUUGAAGCUUGAAAAUUCAUUCAUCCACCAGGCGAGUGUAUACAUUUUGAUAAAGAACACUACCAAUCGUACAAAUCCCAUCAAUAUCCAACUGCUGCAGCAUCAAAUAUAUAGUUCCUCCCACCUUGCAUCCACGUCUGUGAAUUCGGCUUUACUCACCUCGUAAUUCUGUGGAACCCUAUGAUUCAUUUCAGGCAGCAGCAUAUCUUUUGACAAUUUUCAGGUACCUCCUACCAACUUCUUCAUCGUGCAUAUUAAACUCUAUGACCGGGUACACUACCACGUAAGAGUGAGCAGUAAUUCCAGAAGCACGAGAAUUGGUAAGGUGGACAAAUCUGAGAACAACAUAACUGCCAGUUCCAACCAUUAACCCUUCUAAAAGGCAGUGCAGAAAAAUUUCAAACCCGAACAAUAUGACCCAUCAGUGACAGAUCCUGAUCCGGAUGGGGACCCGUAAUGUCCGGCAGACGCGUUCCUGUUAAAGACUUAAACCCUACACGCGACUGCCUCCUCUUCCUCCACCUCCAUUAGAGGUUUACAGAAAAUUUUUCAAUGGCGACAAUAUCUGUCCCAUCAUCAAUUACAUCUUCAACACAGAACCCUCGUUGUCCUCUCAAAACCCUAGUUUUGGUUAAACCCUUCCUGAAUCUUAAACCAACAAAUCCAAGCUCAUUAUGUCAACCAAUCUCUAUCACUAAUCAAACCCAAAAAAGUUUCAAUCUUUCUUGCAAAAAUCAAAAACCCACAUCUGAUUUCACCAUUGCAGCAAACCAAGAUGAUGAUUUUGAUGAUCAACUUAGAGAAGAAUGUGGUGUUGCUGGUAUUUAUGGCGAUCCAGAAGCUUCCCGUCUCUGUUAUUUAGCUCUCCACGCACUUCAACAUCGUGGACAAGAAGGUGCUGGUAUUGUUACUGUCGAUAAAGGCGAAUUCAGGUUAAAACCUGGUGUUGGUUUAGUUUCUGAAGUUUUUAAUGAAUCUGAGCUUAAUAAAUUACCCGGUGAUGUAGCAAUUGGUCAUGUCCGUUAUUCAACUGCUGGUGCUUCGAUGCUUAAGAAUGUCCAACCUUUUAUUGCUGAUUGUAAAUUUGGUGAAGUUGGUGUUGCUCAUAACGGUAAUUUUGUCAAUUAUUCUUCACUGAGAGCUAAGCUUGAGGAAACUGGUGCUAUUUUUAAUAGUAGUUCUGAUACUGAAGUUGUUUUACAUUUGAUUGCUCAUUCAAAAGCUUCAAAUUUGUUACUCAGUAUUAUUGAUGCUUGUGAACAAGUUAAAGGUGCAUAUUCAUUGGUAUUUGUUACUAAAGAUAAGUUAGUUGCUGUUCGUGAUCCUCACGGGUUUAGGCCGUUAGUUAUGGGUCGUCGAAGUAAUGGUUCUUAUGUUUUUGCUUCUGAAACUUGUGCAUUAGAUUUGAUUGAAGCAACAUAUGAGAGAGAAGUGCAUCCUGGUGAAGUAAUUGUGGUUGAUAAAGAUGGCUGUCAAAGUCUUUAUUUAGCGCCUCAGUUUGAGCGAAGAGCCUGCAUCUUUGAGCAUAUUUAUUUUUCUCAACCGAAUUCGAUUGUUUUUGGUCGAUCAGUUUAUCAAUCGAGAAGAGAAUUUGGUGAAAUUUUAGCUACAGAAGCUCCUGUUGAUUGUGAUGUUGUUAUAGCAGUGCCUGAUUCAGGGGUUGUUGCUGCACUUGGAUAUGCAGCUAAAGCUGGGGUUCCAUUUGAACAAGGUUUGAUAAGGUCACAUUAUGUUGGAAGAACCUUUAUCGAACCUACGCAGAAAAUUAGAGAUUUUGGUGUGAAAUUGAAACUUGCGCCGGUUAGGGGUGUUAUUGAAGGUAAAAGCGUUGUUGUUGUUGAUGAUUCAAUUGUUAGAGGAACAACGUCUUCGAAAAUUGUUAGGUUGUUGAAAGAAGCUGGAGCAACAGAAGUUCAUAUGAGAAUCGCGAGUCCACCAAUGGUUGCUUCUUGUUAUUAUGGAGUUGAUACACCAAACGCAGAGGAGUUGAUUUCGAAAAGGUUGAGUAUUGAAGAAACUAGGAAGUACAUCGGGUGUGACUCGCUUGCUUUUCUUCCACUUGAUAGCUUGAAGAAAUUACUCAAAGAAGAUUCACUUGGUUUUUGCUAUGCUUGUUUCACUGGGAAUUACCCUGUUCCACCAGAAAGGAAGGAGGUUAAAGUGUAAAAGGUAUGUGAUUUUGUUGACGAUGUGUUGAAUGGAGAGUUUAACUGACAAGGGGUUCUUUUGGUUUUAAUUUUUCUUCGGAUAGUUGUUUUGUUUUUAGUUAUUGGUAGGCAGAAAAUCAAGAAUACAAGUUAGAGGGAACUGGGUAUCUUUUGAAUAUCUCCCUUUACAAUACAAUUCUUUUACAUAAUUGCUCUAUCAUGUGCAUAUCAUUGACUAGGCAAUGACCCGUGCCCCACACCAUCUCAUUCUGGGGUGCUUUGCUGUCGCCCAAGCCACACAGUUCCGUGAUUUUCUCAAUAAAAAUUUCAGUGUUCAAUUUUUAUAAAGCAUAAUUAUUCAGUGUAUGGGUGAUAACGGAGGCGUUUGUUUGUAAAAAUUUGUAGUCCCAUUAGAUGGGCAAACUUUCGAUUCCAAGAUGAG